AGGUAACCAAGCACACACCGAAAGGCAUUUGGGUGCCCCCCGCCGCAACUUCAAGCAGGGAACCCCCAAAGUUCUCGCGGCGAAGAGGAAUCGUAACCUACAUAGUACUGUCGUGCGCCAACAGAACGAUAUGUACCACCGCACUCGGCCGUCCCAGCCGCAACCGGUUGCGCCAGCAAAGAGUGGUCGGAGAACCGCCGCGGCUGUCCAUUCACAGCAACCACAGCUCGGUAGUGCCACCUACGAGCAGCACCGAUACCAGGAACACUACUACGACCACGCACAGCUGCCACCAACGCCUGCGGAGUCGCCGGCGAGAGGCUACACGCCGAGACAGGAUCACUCUGGCGGACUGAGUUCUCCCACCAUUUCUCCAACGGACCUCAAGUCAACAGAUCGAGUCUUCCCAGUGCCUUCAGUUGCAUUCAAUGCUGAUAGCCUUCCUCGCACGUCGUCUCUCAGCCGAGGCCGGCCGUUCGCUCAAUAUGACGGCUUAGGGCCCCAGUCCGCGCCACCCGUACCGAGCGUUCCCCCACAAGCAUACUCCAACCCAGCGCGGACUUCACCACUCCCUCCGGCGUCGAACUCAGCACCGAUUAACCAGUCCCAGCCACCACUCGAAUUUGGCGGUCAACGAUGGAAUAGUUCGAAAGACUUUGAAUUCCCGAACAGGGACUCUUUUGUAUCGUCCACGUCCACGGAUAGCAGUUCUCUCGUCGAUGGGCCUAGAAAACGCACCACGUUGCGAUCAGCUGCCGCCCGAUUGAGUGCAUUGGGACCACCGUCUCCAAUGUCUGUUCCUGUUGGAGGCGCCGUGAGUACUUUGAAGUACGACGAAUACAAUGAUGAUGAGAUGAAUUUGCCGCCCAUGUCGACCCCGCCGCUGGAGAGUCAUCUCGCGCUGGUGAAGGGGCUGCAUGGCAGCGAUCUCGCGAUGAGACGUUCUAGCGCCGCGUCCGACAUUUACAGCGAUGUGGAUGUGCCCCUUCGUGAAAUCGAUCCGGCGGGCGGGAGCGACGACGAGAGGCCGGUUCCAUUAAAGAAACGCGAGGGGAGAGUGGACGACGACGAUGGCGAGUGGGAAGCAGACACUGAUGCUGACACUGUGCAGGACAGUGGGCUAGGCGCCGCAAAGAAGGAGCUGGCUCCAUCUCAGACGCAACGCCCACAGUACAUUGAGGUGCCAAACGCGCCACGGACCAUGGAGGCGAGCCGAGAGAUGAAGCCAGCUGCAGCCCCAACCGCGCAGCUUGAAUCCGCGACUGAAGACUAUUCCCAAGCGUAUUUCGAUGCUCUGCGGGAUCAAUUGUACGACACACUCAACAGAGGCCCACCCGUCGACCGCAACUCCAUCAUACCACCGGCCAACAGAAGCGCUGGCCGAGUGGCGUCCAAGAUUUACGAAAGCAGCUACGCAUCCUCGCAGACCGGCGAGGGCAUGACGGACAAUGCGCAAUCGUUCCGCAGUGCAGAAAUUGGCCCUCGUUCCGCCGAAGUGCUCGGCAACAACAACAUGUACCAAGCUCCUCGUCACUUUUCGACGCAUUCGAGUACCGCACACGAGUUCACGAAUCAUGCCAGUCACGGCAAGGCGAACCUCCGUCAUGGCGCACACGGUGGCCUGGCCUCUAGGACGAUUGUUUCGGGUAUCAUGGCAAAGCAAAAUCGCCACACCGGUUUCCAGAAACGGCUAUUCCGGUGUGACGGAACGUUGCUCAUUUGCAUGUCUGCGAAGUUUGUGACGUUGCCGGCUGGGUCCAGCUUUGCGGAUAUUCAGAGACAUUUUCCGAUCGUCUUUGAUGAGUUUGUGGAGGCUAUCAGGAGGUUCUAUCCCGGUGGGAAAGGAAUAGGGAGUUUGGCGUAUGCUUUGCUGACGACGCAUAAGCCGGGCAAGUUUUACAUUCCGAAGUGGAUCAUUCCUAUCUGGACCAUCAACUACGUUAAAGCGAUCGUCCGCCAACCCGCCGCCAACCCCGAAAACAAGCUCGCCCGCUCCUUCCUCAUUUGCACCUCCGAACGCGACUACGUCGUCUGCGCCCCCUCCGCCGACGACUUCCGCCGCUGGACCUUCCUCCUCAGCCAAGCCUACGUCGAGUCCGAGGAACUCGAAUACGACUCCCAUUUCGCCGUCCCGGAACGUUGGGAACGCUGCGUCAACGACUUGCUGAAAUGGGACGUGCGCGCCGGGCACAUGAUGAUGGAAGUCGACCUUGUCGAUGACGAAGAUGAGGACCGGGGCAGUAGGUACGACAGACGGUCGUCGAUGGUGGCCCCGCAACGCAAGUCGUCCCUCGCGACCUUGUCGAGGCGCAUCGAGAUGGAUAACCAGUCGCUGCGUGCGAGAUCGAUGAUUGGAUUCGACCAGUUUGAGAUGCCACCACCCGGUGUGCCGCCGAUGCAGAUUCACCCGCAUGGCACGCCUGAGGCGGAGAUGUUCAAUAGGAUGAGUGCGGCGGUUGCCGCCGAGGCCGAAGCUGAGGAGAAGGAUGACGAGGAUCAGUAUGAUGAGGAUGAUGAGGUUACGGCGUAUGAUCAGGGAGCGAACACAUAUCCUGCCAGUCACCAGCAGCAGCAACAGCCAUCUGCAAACCAGAACAUUCCUCUAUCCCAGCCCGGGAGUCGGUCACCACCUUCGUGGGACUGCACCGAUUCGAAGCCGGUUACCAGCACAGCCCCGUCUGCAAUGCAAAGCUACGACAAUGCCUCGUCAGAACUCGAACGGGAGAUCUCGGCUCUCAUGCGAGUGCCCACCACCAACAUUCCAACUUACCGCAACAACCCCAACGCCCCGCUUCCACCCACCUCACCCACAUCCGCCAUUUCACCGCCACCUCCCAAAGCUCUCCCAACACCCUCGCAACCCAUCCCCGCCAUUCCGGCCAACCACCAACCCCACCACCAAACCCCCAAACCCCCCCUCAGCCCCGACUCCUUCUCCGCGCUGGCGCAAUCCCUCACAAAAGACCUCACGACAAUCACCCGCCUCCUCGCCCACCUCCGCGGCGACUUCAUCGACCCCGACCGCGACUCCCUCCCCACGCCCGCGGGGCAAGACCCCGCCGAAGCCAUCUUCACUCCAAGCGAGCACAUCACAUCUCACAUAUCCCGCGUCGCUAUUCCUACCUUGCUCGACCGCGUCGCGGACGCACUGCCGGUGAGAGAAGAGGGCACAAGGGAGACGGUGAGGGAUCUGGUAGGGCUUGGGAGUGGGGAUUGGGAGACGGUUAGCCGCGCGUGGCGGAGGGAGGGUGAGGUUGCGGCGCAGGAGGUUGCGGCGAGGGAACGGGAGUUGGAAGGGUUGUGUCGGCAUAUGAUUACGGCGUUGGCGAGUGUUUAGGUGUCCUUGUGACGGCGUAUUGAAGGUUGUGGAUACCUAUGUUGCCGUUUUCAUUUGCUCCAUUUGGACAUUUCAGUAUCAUACUUCACUAGACUUUCACCACGCAUAUAGGAGACAUUCACAUAUAGUACUCGUCCCACUGCAUAUUCAUUACCCUACCGAUUCUUACCCCGUUUAUUACCUCACUUCAUCGCCUUUACCAUACUUCAUCAAC